UCCAAACAACCAUCUUCCUCCACCAUCCCUUCUCUCCCAGCCUACACAAUUUACCUCUUCGGCUUAAUAGCUUUCCUCGCCGGCAUCACACCCCUCUUCUCCCCCACUAGCGCGACCGUCUCUCUCGGUCUCCCAAACUCCUGCAUCCCCGCCACAAAUGGGAACUCUUUGGCAGCAAUAGCAAUGGGCGUUUCUUACACGCUAGCGGCGUGGCAGGAAAACCGCACGUUUUUUUUUAACUCAUGGUCCCGAUGCGGAUGCUGA